UUAGUUGGUCAUAAUACUUGCAAGGUGGUGGUUUUUCACUUUUAAUGACCCAGUAUUUUCUCAGAGACGCUGCGCAUUAGAUUUCAUUUAGUUUCGCUGAUAAUGGGCGUCGUAUUUUCGUCCAUUAUUCCUCUACGUGCACUUUAAAAGUCUAUAUAGUAUAUUUCAUAAUAAUGCAAAUGUCGCUCAUAGUAGCUGCCCUCUACCAGCUAGUUGUCAUAUCUGUUUUGUUUUGGACAUUUAUAUUUACACUGAACAUGCUGUGUCGUACGCAUUCACCUUGAACUUAUUCUUAGAUCUAAAAAAUGGUGUUAGCAGAAUUAGGAAGGAAAAUAACCUCUGCGCUUCGAUCUUUGGGCAAUGCAACAAUAAUUAAUGAAGAUGUUUUAAACAGUCUACUCAAAGAAAUAUGUACUGCUCUAAUCGAAGCUGAUGUAAAUAUACGCCUGGUUAAACAAUUACGCGAAAAUGUUCGUGCAGUAAUCGAUUUUGAUGAAAUGGCAGCUGGAUUAAAUAAACGUAAAAUAAUCCAAUCGGCUGUAUUCAAAGAAUUAGUUCAUUUAGUCGAUCCACAAGUUAAAGCUUGGCAACCGUCAAGAGGUGCUUCAAAUGUGAUUAUGCUGGUCGGUUUACAGGGUAGUGGUAAAACAACUACCGCCACAAAAUUAGCUUAUUUUUAUCAAAGAAAAGGCUGGAAAACAUGUAUGAUUUGUGCGGAUACAUUUCGUGCUGGUGCUUUUGAUCAACUGAAGCAAAAUGCCACAAAGGCUAGAAUCCCUUUCUAUGGUUCUUAUACUGAAACUGAUCCAGUUGUUAUUGCACGAGAUGGUGUACAGAAAUUUUCAGAUGAAAAAUUUGAAAUCAUUAUCGUAGAUACUAGUGGUCGACAUAGACAAGAAGAUUCAUUGUUUGAGGAAAUGCUUCAAGUUUCAAAUGCUAUUGAACCAGAUCAUGUGAUCUACGUGUUGGAUGCAUCAAUUGGUCAAGCGUGUGAAGCCCAGGCUAGUGCAUUCAAAGCUAAAGUAGAUGUAUCCUCAGUUAUUGUCACUAAAUUAGAUGGUCAUGCUAAAGGUGGUGGUGCUUUAAGUGCAGUUGCAGCUACACACAGUCCGAUUACAUUCAUUGGAACUGGUGAACAUAUAGAAGAUUUUGAACCGUUUAGAGUUCAACCAUUUGUACAAAAGCUGUUAGGUCUAGGGGAUUUAGAAGGUUUAGUUGAACGUGUUACGGAAUUAAAAUUAGACGAAAAUGAAGAACUAGUGAAAAAGUUGAAGCAGGGAGUUUUCACCUUACGUAAUAUGUAUGAACAAUUUCAAAAUAUUUUAAAAAUUGGUUCAUUCUCUCAAGUUCUAUCAGCUAUUCCUGGUCUUGGACAAGAUCUCUUAGCUAAUGAUCAGGAAAGUCAUCUACGCUUAAAACGUCUUAUGACAAUCAUGGACAGUAUGAAUGAUUAUGAAUUAGAUUCUGAUGAAGGAGGUCGUCUAUUCAAUCGACAGCCUGGUCGAACACUACGUGUUGCUCGUGGUGCUGGUGUCAGUCAAGCUGAAGUGAAACUCCUGCUGACACAACAUAGUAAAUUUUAUAUGGUCAUCAAAAAAAUGGGUGGUAUUAAAGGACUCUUUCAAACUGGACCUAAAGGUGGUGCUGGUGUUGGUGGUGGGUUGGGUGCAGCUGCAGGUGGUGGUGCUGGUGGUGCAGGUGGUGGCCUUGGCGGUGGAAAUACACCAAGUCUAGCUGAAAUGGCCGCAGCUUCAAGAUCUGUCAGCGCUGGUCAAAUGGCUAAAUUGAAUCAAUCGAUGGCUAAAGUACUCGAUCCACGUAUUCUACAACAAAUGGGUGGUAUGGCUGGUCUACAGAAUAUGAUGCGUCAAUUACAAGCUGGUGGUGGGUUUGGACCUUUCGGUGGAGGUGGUCGGUUAGGUUAGAAUGGAAUAGUAGUUUGGUUGUUAUAUGCGCAUUGUACUUAAUUCUCUCUCUCCUUUGAUAAAUAUAACACACUGUCUUUCUGUAAAACAAUACAUAUACACUAAUGUUACGUAAUCAAUCAAUCAUCACAUAUAUACACACAUACACAGAUAUAUAUUCCUCCCAAAUGAAUACUGCUCUGCUAGGUGGUGGGGGUGGUAGUGGGUGGUGGUCAACAACGCUUGUGUACAUAUACCUACCUACCUACCUAUUAAUGCAAUUGUAUGCCUAAUUUAUUGUAAGAAUAUCUCUUUUUUUUCUUGUUUGUUUCUGGUCUCUAAAUUUUGGGGGUGGGGAGGGAUUAGACAGUAUUUUCUCACCACCACCACUACCCCUACUACCUCGAUUGAGAGAGAGAGUCGAUGACACUUGUCGAUGAUGAUGAGGUUAGUGAGGCUAAUUUGAAUUGAAACUCAUCGCGACCUACCGAUAUAUUUUCUUCAGUUGUGUGUGUGUGUGUGUGUGUGUGUGUAGUUGUGAUCAUUUUGUGCAUAAUUUGUUUUGUGUAGAAACAGUUGGGUAAUAAUAACAGUAAUGAUAAUAAUAAUAAUAAUAAUAUAAAAUGGUGACAG